UUCUCAUAAUUCAUCAUGUCAUUAUUACCUUCAACUUUAUCAUGUAUUUCUAGAAAGAAAUACGAUGUUUUCUUGAGUUUUAGAGGUGAAGAUACCCGUAAAAGCUUCACAGAUCAUCUCUAUGAUGCUCUAAAUCGAAGUGGAAUUAUCACUUUCAAGGAUGAUCCAAAGAUGGAUGCCGGUGAAGAGAUCGCACCACAACUCUUCGGAGCCAUUCAACAAUCAUGGUGCUCGGUAAUUGUUUUUUCAGAAACCUAUGCCUUUUCAAGUUGGUGCUUGGAGGAGCUUGUUGAGAUUGUUAAACAAAAAAACGAGAAAGGACAUAAAGUGUUUCCAAUCUUCUACGAUGUGAAUCCAUCUGAUUUAAGAAAACAUAAAGAAAAAGUUGAAGAAGCAUUUGCCAAACAUGCAGAGAGAUACAUGGAAGAUAAAGAAAAGAUUCUGAGGUGGCGAAAUGCUUUGACUCAAGUGGCUAACAUCAAAGGAUGGCAUUUAAAUAACAGGCAUGAAUCAGAGUUUAUAGGAGAUAUUGUUAGAAAAAUAUCAGCAAAAUUAUGUCAGACAUAUCCAAUUGUUCAUGAUGAGUUGGUUGGAAUUAGUUCACGCUUGGAGGAGUUGCAUUCCAAAAUAGAGAUUGGGGAAGAUGACAUCCGCAUCAUAGGAAUUUGCGGAAUGGGUGGCAUCGGUAAAACAACUCUCGCAAGAGUUGUAUACGACCAAAUGUCAUCUCAUUUUGAAGGUAAAUGCUUCAUUGCUGACGUUCGAGAAGUUUCAGACAAAUUUGGAAUUGUUUCUCUACAGAAACAACUUCUUUUCCAGAUCUUGUCCGGUGAAGUCUUCGAAUUUUUCAAUGUUCAUGAAGGGAAUGCCAUAAUUAGCCACAGAUUAUCUAACAAAAAGAUCCUUGUUGUGAUUGAUGAUGUGGAUAAUUUACAGCACUUGAAAUGCUUGGUUGGAAGGCAUGAUUGGUUCGGUUUAGGGAGUAGAAUCAUUAUAACAACAAGAGAUGAACACUUGCUCCAAUCUUACCGAGUUGAUGAUGUGUAUAAGCCUUCAACAUUGAAUGACAGCGAGGCACUUAAACUUUUCAGUUUGAAAGCUUUUGAUAGUGAGACAGCACCAAAUGAUGUUUUUGUUGAGCUUUCUGAACAUGUUGCAAAAUAUGCCAGUGGUCUCCCCUUAGCUCUUGAAGUCUUGGGUUCUUUUUUGUGCGGUAGAGAUGUAGCUCAAUGGAGAAGUGCAAUCCAAAGACUUGAAAAGGAUUCUAACAAAGAGAUUAUUGACAGACUUCGAAUUAGCUUUGAUGGAUUAGAAGAAACGGAGAAGAACAUAUUUCUAGAUAUAGCAUGCUUCUUCAAUGGGGACGAGAAAGAUUUUGUCAUGAAAGUAUUGGAUGGCUGUGAGUUUUUCCAGGAUAUUGGAAUCGAUGUUCUCAUUAAGAAGUCUCUACUAACUGUUGAUGAAACCAACAAAUUGUGGAUGCAUAACUUACUACAAGAAAUGGGAAGAAGAAUUGUUAGGGAAAAAUCUAUUGAGGAGCCUGGAAAACGUUGUAGAUUGUGGGAGGAAAAUGAUGUAUAUCAUGUGCUAACGAAAAACACUGCUACGGAAGCGAUUGAAGGCAUGAUCAUUGACAAUAAAAGGAUAUCUAACAAGAUGCUCAAUUUGAAUGUUAAUGCUGUCUCGAAGAUGAAAAAAUUGAGAUUGCUCAAAGUCCUUUGCCUCUUAAAUUGUGAUGAACUCAAAUAUCUUCCUAAUGAGUUGCGGCUCUUAGAUUGGAUGGGAUAUCCUUUAAGAUUCUUACCUCCAAGCUUCCAACCAGACAACCUGGUUGCACUUCUGCUACCAUACAGUCGCAUUGAACAACUAUGGAGGGGAAAUAUGCCCCUGUAUAAUUUGAAAGUGCUCAACCUCAAAGGGUCCGAUAACCUGAUCAAGACACCGGACUUUACAACAGCCCCAAAUCUGGAAAUUUUGAUAUUGGAGGGUUGUACAAGAAUAGUAGAUGUUCAUCCAUCAGUCGGAGUUCUUUCGAGGCUUAAACUUUUGAAUUUAAGAAGCUGCACAAGUCUUAGGAAUCUUCCAACCAAAAUUGGAAUAGAAUCUCUUGAAACAUUAAUCCUAAAAGAUUGUAGAAACCUUAUUAGUCUCCCAAGCAGCAUAGGUGGGUGUAAAUAUCUAAAAACUCUUGAUCUUUCAGGUUGCUAUGAAGUUGAAAAUUUACCGGAGAAUUUGCAGCAAGUAGAGUUGUUGGAAGAGCUUGACUUAAGUGAAACAGCCAUAGCAAAACCGCCAUCCUUCAUUUUUCAACUUAAAAAUCUUAAAGUUUUGUCUUUGAAUAGGCUCAAGGCACCAUCAUCUAAGUUAGCACCAAAUCUACCUUCUCUUUUCCAGGUAUUCCAAAGAGGACGGAUCGAGUCUGUGCCUCUUAUGUUACAUUCACUGUCAGGUUUGAUUUCACUAAGAGAGCUGAAACUAAGGAACUGCAAUCUUCGUGAAGGAGAUAUUCCAAGUGAUAUUCAUUGUUUACCCUAUUUGGAAAAGCUUGAGCUUGGUGGUAACAAUUUCAUCAGCGUACCUGUGUCUGUCAUUAGAUUUCUCAGUCUUCAAUAUCUUGGAUUGUCAAAUUGCAGGGAGCUUAAAUCGUUUCCUAGUCUUGGUGCUUCUCUAGAACUAUUUGCAACUCCAUCAAAGUUUUGCAAGGCAGUGGAUUUGACACGGUUUAAUGGUCUUCACUGCUACAAAAUAGUUGAGAAUAUCAAUGCAUUAACAAUGCUGAAAAUCUAUCUUAAGAUAGUUGCAUGUUUAAGAAAAAGUUUUGAUGUUGUUAUGCCCGGAGGUGAAAUCCCAAAAUGGUUCAGCCAUCAAACAGUUGACUCUUCAAUCAAGAUACCACUGCCUAACAAUAUUCAGAAUGAUAGUCAAUGGAUCGGAGUUGCCUUCUGCUGCAUUUUUGUCAAUGAUGAUGCUUCAAGGGAUGAGGAACUCACAUGUGAUGCUAUUAUCCAUCAUAGGAAUUCUGGACAAGCUGAUUCUGAUGGAUCUGGUUUUCGGGGUAGAAAUCCUCGACGUGUCUCAGGGGACGGCUGGAUUUUUUCUAAAGAAUAUAACCAGCCCAUAAUAAAGGACCACCUUUAUUGUUGUUUUUUGUUCCGUGAAAGAUUAUAUCCAUUUUCCCUGGAGGAUAAAUGUGGUGAAAGUGAAACUGAGAAUUCAUCAACAUUGGAUUGCUCAAAUCAGGAAUUUGAUGAACUCCAGUUUUCAGUCACAUCCGAUGAUAGUCACAUAAGUGUUAAGGUGAAGAAAUGUGGGCUUCGAAUAGUUUAUCAGAAAGAUUUGGAAGAUAUCAAUGAAGAUUCCGCCGCAGAUGGAUCAAUAGCUGAAGGUCCCCUUAUAAAGUGAAGAUAUAAUGUUUAUGAAGAGACCGAAGCCGUGA